AUGUACUAGGCUAUCAGUGAAGGGAUAUCCAGCACACCAAUACCACAUGGGAAACACUCCACUAUCCACCACAGAGGCAGAGAAAGACCUGGGAGUGUAUGUUACCAGGCUACCAGUGAAGGGAUAUCCAGCACACCAAUACCACAUGGGAAACACUCCACUAUCCACCACAAAGGCAGAUAAAGACCUGGGAGUGUAUGUUACCAGGUUACCAGUGAAGGGAUAUCCAGAACACCAAUACCACAUGGGAAACACUCCACUAUCCACCACAGAGGCAGAGAAAGACCUGGGAGUGUAUGUUACCAGGCUACCAGUGAAGGGAUAUCCAGCACACCAAUACCACAUGGGAAACACUCCACUAUCCACCACAGAGGCAGAGAAAGACCUGGGAGUGUAUGUUACCAGGCUACCAGUGAAGGGAUAUCCAGCACACCAAUACCACAUGGGAAACACUCCACUAUCCACCACAGAGGCACAGAAAGACCUGGGAGUGUAUGUUACCAGGCUACCAGUGAAGGGAUAUCCAGCACACCAAUACCACAUGGGAAACACUCCACUAUCCACCACAGAGGCAGAGAAAGACCUGGGAGUGUAUGUUACCAGGCUACCAGUGAAGGGAUAUCCAGCACACCAAUACCACAUGGGAAACACUCCACUAUCCACCACACAGGCAGAGAAAGACCUGGGAGUGUAUGUUACCAGGCUACCAGAGAAGGGAUAUCCAGCACACCAAUACCACAUGGGAAACACUCCACUAUCCACCACAGAGGCAGAGAAAGACCUGGGAGUGUAUGUUACCAGGGUACCAGUGAAGGCAAAAUCUGUGCCAGUCGCAGCGGACGGGUUGAUGGGAGAGAGCUGGCAGGGUGAAUUCCAAAGACUUGCAAUGAGGUGUACAGUGUUGAAUGAGUUGUGGUUCCUUGGCGAGGGGCUUCUACAGGUGAUACAAGUUGACCUUAGAGAGCUAUGUAAGGAAAACUGCUUCCCUAAUUUCCUAUUCGGCUUAUCAGUUAAGGAAAUGCCGAGCUAUUUUUACAGAUGUUGUUGUUUUAGUUUUUUUUCCCCCUUCAUUUUGCCCCGUUUUCCGAGUGCUGUGGUCUAUUAGAGGUGUCGGCAGCUCCAUCUCAUCAUAAACUUUUGGGUCAUUCUCCGGCACACUCAGGCAGGCACGGUGACAUUUUGUACUUGUCCCUCUGUCCCCCUUUUGGAUGACAGGCAGAUCAACAGCAUCCCACACCCCUCAUUUUCUUUCAAUUUGGUAAUUCACAAAUUUUCAAACUGAUGGCUGCUAUGAUUAAAGAAAUAAAUUAUUAUUCAGUCAUUAUUAUUACUUAUUUUUACUGAUUAUUUAGUAAACUUAAGCAGUCAUUUCCGAUAUAUACUUUGAAUUCGUGGAUAAAGUGUGAUGUUCCUUUACAUGAAAAUAGUUCCUUUUGCUGGGAAAACAUAUAAAAAAUAAGCUUGUGCAAAUCUGCUGACAAAAUUGCAGUGGAGGCCUGCGCUGUGCUAUGGUUGCUAUGAAAAAUAACAAACACCAGCAUGAAUAAUUAACCUUUCAGUCAUCUUCAACCCCCAGAUUAGCUGCUUCAAACUCUGGAUCUAUUCUAAUCUAACAGAACUGCAUAUUAACCUCGAUGACAGUAACCUCUGCAAUAGUGUAACCUAAAAUCUUUCACCCAUCUUGAGCCCCAGAUCAGUUGCCUCAAACUAAGGAUCUAUUCUAAACUAACAGAACCGCACUAACAUAUCUGACAGUAACCUCUCUGCAAAACUGUUAACCUAUUGCCACUGUGGAUACCAAUCUCACUACCAAAACUGUAAUAUGGAUCUGGAUUGAUGAUGGGCAGAGUACCUGUACAGGUGCAUAAUUCGCAUAUUUAUGUUGGCUGUUGGGGGGACGGGGGAGCGGAGUGUGCAGGGGAGGGAAGUGAAUCAAGUGUAAUUGUUAGUGUUGGUGUGUUGUGGUGACAAGGUAUUUGUUUUCUAAAUGAGUCUAUUGUACCACAGUCUAAAAUCUGAUGAGGGAGGCUGUUCCAGUCACAUAUGGUGCGUGGAAAGUAUGAGUGCUUGUAUGCGUCAGUGUUAAUGUGAUAUGUUUGGUACUAUUUAUGGAUGUGUGUUACGAGUACAUUGACUGUUUGCGUUGCGUAAGUAUGUAAGUGGGUCAAUGUCAAUGUGAGUGUUUGUGUUCUUGUACAUAAGUGUAAGUCUGUGUGCUUGUCUGAAUAUGUGAAGCGGUUCCAUGUUUAUUUGUUGUUUGAUCUCUGUUGUGAUGCCAGGCGUUCAAGUGUAAUUGUUUGUAAUGAACCUAGCCGCCUUGGUGUUGAUUUGUUCUAACCUAUCAAUGUUUCUGUGUGUGUAGGGAUCCCACACCAUGAAGCAGUAUUCAAGUGUUGGUCUCGCAGGUGUGUCAUAAGUUACGGUAUCUGUUUAAUGUCAGGUGUGCAGUUAUGUAAAUUCCUCCUCAUAUCAAUCAAUAUAUCACAAAAUUCACUCCAGUGCUUUCAUAUCUGCUUUCCAUAAAAAAUGACAUAUCCACAAGAGUAAACAUAAUAUUUUACCCUGAAAUCAAUUGUCUGUGAUAUUGGCCGCUCAAGUCUGCUAAACAAUAUCCUUAUUAUUCUUAUACACUAACAUUGCCCUCCUGUGAUUGGCUCUCUUCCACUAUACUCAAGCUGCUUCUUUUUUUCCUUUAACCCCUUCUUUCCCUCUUCAUUUCACUAUAUUUUCCUCCCCUUCUUCCUUUCACUUCCCCCUCACAUCUCUCCCUUCUGACACCUUGCUCUUCCCUGUUUAAAUUCCACUGCACUCUUGACUCACUUAAUAUCUUUUCACAUUCCUACAAGCAUGUCUCCACCCUUUCUGUUGCCUCUCAGCAUAAAACUGAGCACAAGGCUGUCUCCUCAAGCUCAUUCCUAUGAUGUCCAACAUCCUCAUGCAAGAGUUAUGCAGUAUCUCCAAUAUUUCAUCAAUUUCUAGGGCAGCCUUCAACUAUAUAUGAUUAUUGCUCCACCCCUGAUGUGGCCUCUCAGCAUAAAAUUGAGCACAAGGCUGCCUACUCAAGUUCAUUCCUAUGCUGUCCAACUUCCUUAUGCAAGAGUUAGCUAUUCACUAUCUCCAAUCUUUCAUCAAUUUCUAGGGCAGCCUUCAACUAUCUUCUUACAUUGGUACGGGCAAGCCUCCACCCCUUCUGUGGCCUCAGCAUAAAAUUGAGCACAAGGCUGCCUACUCAAGCUCAUUCCUAUGCUGUCCAACUUCCUUAUGCAAGAGUUAUUCACUAUCUCCAAUCUUUCAUCGUUUUCUAGGGCGGCCUUCAACUAUGUACGAUUAUUGCUACAAGGAUGCCUCCACCCCUUCUGUGGCCUCUCAGCAUAAAAUUAAGCACAAGGCUGCCUACUCUAGAUUAUUCAUUCCUAUGCUGUCCAACUAUCCUAUGCAAGAGUUAUUCACUAUCUCCAAUCUUUCAUCAAUUUAUAGGGCAUCCUUAAACUAUAUAUGAUUAUUUUCUUUUCUAGGGAUUUGUUUUCAUCACAGGGGCAGUAUUUAUAUAUUUUUUCAUCCAUUGUUU